AUGGCGCCUCGACCAAAAAUCCUGGCUACGCCCCAUCCCAUCAUCGAAGAGUUCAGACGCAUCACCACAGUUUCCUUGGUGGAGACAUUCAUCCUGAAACUUGAUGAGUACACACCAGGUCUUUUGCAGCUUAUGCGUGCCAAAAGAGGAGCUGCUGGUUCCAAGAUGAGACCUUUGCUGGACACUUUGAAUGACACACAGAGCAUUGAGAAGAAAAGGGAUGUUGUUAUCUGCUGCCUCAUUAGCUACCUCGGGGAAAGACAAGAAGAUCUUUUUCAUGACUGCCAGGAAUGUGAGGAUUACACAGACAAUAUGAUGAAGGUGAUCGUGAUCCACAACAUCAUGGCUGAGGAGGAUCCAUCAGAUGUGUUCAUUGUGAUUGAGGGAAACCAAGUGAUGUCGGGAUGUGGAAGCCGAACAAAGGCAUGUGUACAACUGAUGGGACUGAUAUAUGCCCUCAACCUCGAAUAUCCGAAGGAGCUGAAGAACACAUUUGACACUUUUCAAAAACUAUUUUUGGAACCUGACGGGGCGAAACUACUGAACAAGGUCCAUGGCCUCAAAAAUAAGCUUAUGCAAUGCACAGACAUUUCCCCUCUUGUUCCCAGAGGAUAUUUUGUCCAGACAUAGCUUGAUGGAGCUGUAAUUUUUCUUCUGACAGCAAGCACAGAAACUAUUGAAUGUUGGUGUUAGUGUUCUGUUCUAUCUAUACAUAUGUUUGAUAAUGUACAUGCACAGAAACAACCUUGUAGAGUUUCUGUGCUUUUGGCUUUUAAAAUGGACUAAGUGGCCUUUGAAAGUGUUGUCUGCAUUAGCUGUUGUGUUGCACUUUAUUCUGUGUUUUUAUGGAAUAAAAACAUUGAGAUGAUGAACCAUUU